ACAGUCUGCUGGGCUCAGUGUGUCAGAAGAAGCAACCAUGCAGGUGCUAACCAAGCGUUACGCCAAGAACAGCCUGCUGUCUGUCAUGGACCGGUACUCAGCUGAGGUGCGCAACAUGGAGCAGGUGGUAAUGAUCCCCAGCCUUCUUCGGGACGCACAGCUGAGUGGGCAUGGGGGCCCAGCCAAGGCCAGGGCCUCUGAUCUCUACACCUACUUCACCAUGCUCAAGGCCAUUCGCAUGGAUGUGGACCAUGGGCUGCUGCCACGGGAAGAGUGGCAGGCCAAGGUGGCAAGCGGUGAAGCCGAGGAGGCUGAGAAUGGAACCGCAGAGACAAAGGAAGUUGCGGAUGAGAGUGCCUCAGGAGAGCUGGGGCUGGAAGCCCAGUUCCACCUGCACUUCUCCAGCCUUCAUCACAUCCUCACAUACCUCACUGAGAAAGCCCAGGAGGUGACAAGGAAAUACCAGGAAAUGACAGGACAGGUCCAGUAGACCUGGGACACUAGGGAAGAUCCCUUCACAUGAUAGAAGGCAGACUCUGUGAUGAGGCCAGUGGAGCAGUUCACUAGCCGAUGAUGAGAACAGAAAAGCCUAGACCUGCAGCCAGAAGUGAAGAUGGCUCAGUUCUCCGGGAUGAUUCUCUUAUCUCCUUCUGAGCACCAAUUCCUGGACUCCAGUCACUGGCUCACCUUUAGUCUGUUGCUAUUCACUGCUCCCCUCACUCCUCUUACCAGCUUGGCGGGGUGACAAGUGGUUCAAGAGGGACUAGACAGUUACCUGCCCAGUGUGGUAUGGUAGGAAGAACGUAGGUGUUGGCAUGUGACCAAAAUUCACAUCCCUCCUCAUGGCAGUCAUUCAGUAUGUGCACUUGGGCAAGUUAUUUAACCCAAUGGAGCCUAAAUUCCCUCAUCUAUAAAAUGGGGAUAUUAUCUACCUCACAAGCUUGUGAAAAUUAAACAUGAUGAAUCAAAAGCACUUGGCAUGUGAGGGCUAAUAAAAUAGCCUGAUUUUUUUUCUCCCCCGCUCCCCUAUGUAUUUGCUCUAACCCUUGCUUUUUACUCACCAGAGCUGAGAGGUAGCAGAGUCUCUUGGGAUGAAUGCUUCACCUCUUGUACUUGCCAAACACUGAUAAGGCCAAGGACAAGUGAACUAUAAACCUAUUUAUUGCAGCAAUAAAAAACAAAAUCUUGU